GACAGGGACAACAAAUAGCCACCAGCCAGACCAGAGGCUCACGAAGGGACAUGUGAGUCCUCAAGCCCCUCCUUCCCCCCGCCAUGUCCUGGUCCCCCACCAAUGCUUCGUUGCCUCCCAACACGACGUUGGGUGCCAUCCCCGGUGCAGCCGUGGGGCUGACGCUGCUAGCGGCCGCGGUGGCGGUGGGACUCCCAGGCAAUGCCUUGGUCCUGUUGAGUUGCAUGGCCGCCCGUCGCUGCAGCGUCCCUGUACUCCUCAUUUCCCACCUGGCCAUGGCCGACAUCGUCACCCUCCUCACAGGCCCCGUCUACCUCCACGCCCUCAGUGCCGGCCAGUGGCGUAUGGGCUCGGCCGUGUGCCGCGGCUGCCACUACCUCUGCGCUGCUGCCAUGUACGUCAGCGUCUUCCUCAUUGCCCUGCUGGGCCUGCACCGCUGUGCCGCUGUCUCCAGCCCGGCCACGGCUGCGCUGGUGGCUGCCGGGAGCCGCGCGGGCCGCUGGGCUCACGGGGCAGCCGCCGUGACAUGGGUGACGGCGCUGGCCUUGGCCAUCCCAGCCGCUGUGUUCCGGCGUGUGGAAGGAGGGCAGUGCCGGCGGGCGCACGGCACAGGAGCCCGGCUGCUGCUCCACAACCUCCUCGAGACCAUCUUGGGUUGGGCUUUGCCGUUGGCCGCCGUGGCCACAGGCUACGGGCUGCUGCUGCGGCGCUUGCGACAGACCCGCUUGGCCCAGCGCAGCCGCACCUUCCGGCUGGUGGCCGCCGUGGUGGUGGCCUUCGCUGUGGUGUGGGGGCCCUACCAUGUGGCUAGCAUCUUGGAGGUGGUUGUAGCCCUGCAGGGCGGUGGCAGGGCCCUGGAGGCGGCUGCCAAAGCCCUGCGGCCGCCGGCCACCGCUCUGGCCUUCCUCAGCAGUGCCAUCAACCCGCUCCUGUACGCGUGUGCAGGCCAGAGGCUGCGCCACGGCACCACCAGGAUGCUCCUGCCCCGGUUCCUGGAGCUCUCGGCCGUGACAGGCAGCUCCCGUGGGACACUGGCCAAAGACAAUCCACGGGGCAGGAGGGGAGGGGAGGAGCAGGGGACGAGGGGAGAGGGCGGAGAGGAAGGUAGGGAGGGGGAUGGGGGGGUGGAGAGGGGGUGA